GGUGGUGAUGUUAAAAUGGUUAUUAUGCAAUCACAUGAAGGAAAAUCGGUACAAAAGAUACGAUGCAGCCGUUCAGCUUUCAACGGUAAUUGCCUAUGGUUUGGAAUGCUCGUGCAAAUCCAACGAUUGAUGUCGCGGAAAAAGGCUCAGUCAUUCUUUCGUGCGAAAGAUACGACCCAAACACAGUGACACCGAGAGAGAGCACCGGUGCUGUGCCAUUUCUGUCUGCUUUCUCUAUUGAUACACCCGCUCCCGCCCGCUCCCGCCCUUCUAUAUGUCCACCCGUAUGCCGAGUAGCGAAGCGAGAGCGAGCGAGAAGAGAGAAGAGAGAAGAGAGAAGAGAGAAGAGAAGGAUGAGUGGGAAUGGGAAGGUGGUGUGCGUGACCGGUGCGUCCGGCUACAUUGCUUCCUGGCUCGUCAAGCUUCUCCUCCAGCGCGGAUAUGUCGUGCGCGCCUCAGUCCGGGAUCUUGCUGAUCCAAAGAAAACCGAGCAUUUGCGUGCCUUGGAAGGAGCCAAUGAGAGACUCCACUUGUUUAAAGCAAACUUGUUGGAAGAGGGCUCUUUUGAUUCAGUGGUUGAGGGGUGUGAGGGUGUUUUCCAUACAGCAUCUCCUUUCUAUGAAAAUGUCACAGAUCCACAGAUGUGGUAUGUACUCUCAAAGACGUUGGCGGAGGAGGCUGCUUGGAAGUUUUCAGAGGAUAAUUCUAUUGACAUGGUGACAAUAAACCCAGCAGCAGUCAUAGGUCCUCUUCUGCAACCUACUCUAAAUACGAGUGUUGCUGCAAUCCUGAACUUGAUAAAUGGAUCCUGUUCCUAUCCAAAUACAAGUUUGGGGUGGGUCAAUGUGAAAGAUGUUGCCAUGGCACAUAUUCUGGCAUUUGAGGUUUCCUCAGCAAGUGGAAGAUAUUGUUUAGUAGAAAGAAUUGCUCACUAUGCAGAUGUUGUGAAGAUUUUGCGUGAACAAUAUCCUGCUCUUAAACUGCCAGAAAAAUGCGCAGAUGACAAGCCCUUUGUGCCAAUAUACCAAGUCUCAAAGGAAAAAGCAAAAACCUUAGGCAUUGAUUAUAUUCCUCUAGAGACAAGCAUCAAGGAGACUGUCGAAAGUUUGAGGGAAAAGGGGUUUGUUAGUUUUUAAAAAUUGGCUGGUGCAAGUUAAAGCUCACCUAAUUAGUUGAGACAAUGCUUAAUGGCGCUACAAAGACUAUGAGAUACUUUAGCUCCACUGAACCAAGAGAACUUUCAACUUUGUUUUGUGCAACUGUGCAACCUUUGCUUUAUUUAUUGCUAAGACAUUUUCUAGUAGAUAUUUUUAUAAGUCCACUAUGUUUGAUUGUGUUUCCAUGC